CACCAUUCCCUUUUUCCAGUUAUUAAGCAUGAAAUUCCUACUCUUUGGAAGUGUUAGAUUAAGAACUGUUGUCACACUUGGGAGAGAAAGCAAUUCGUCACCUCUCUCAACAAUGUACGUUCGUACUUCGGAUGAAUUUCCCUUGUAAACGGUGAACGUGGGCUCUUGUACACAACAACCAACGCUAGGCUUUUCAUUUACACCACACUUGCCUUUGAAUGGAAAAGUCAGCUUGAAUCUGGGGGCAUCUCCUAAUCGUUCCUUCUCGUCUAAAACAUUCCAGCAACUACGGCUGCUAUACUUCCGUCCAUCGGGCGGGGUUGCAGCCAGAUGAAUAGAAAGCAAGGUUCCCUUUAAGAGCGUCUUUCGGCAGUGUGAGCAAGCCGAAAACUGUCGGAUCAUCACUUCAAUUAAUGCCCACCUUCUUAGCUAUUGCCAUAGCAACGCAAAUACAGACGGGGGCCGGCAGGUCGUGCACGACAAGAUGGGGAAAGAUUUUUAUGCGAUUCUUGGCAUUAAUCGAGGUGCAUCAGAUGUUGACUUGCAGCACAGCUACCGUAAGCUGGCACUCAAGUUCCAUCCUGUCAAAAAUGAAAGUGGGGGAGCAGAUGAAAAAUUUGCAGAGGUGGCAGAAGCAUAUGAUAUCUUGAGCAACCCUAUCAGAAGGGCAACUUUUGACAAGUUUGGGGAGGAGGGUUUGAGAGCUGGAGUUUCUACUGCAGAAGGAGGAUUUCUUGAUGGCUAUUCAUUCCAUGGUGAUGCUUACAAAGUCUUUGCAGACUUCUUUGGAUGUGAUAACCCAUUUAAAGAGUUAUUCAUCAAUGAAGAAGUGGCAGGUAGCAGUUACCCAAAGUUUGGAGGAUUAAAAGGGCGUUCACAGCCCAAGCAAGACCCUCCAAUAGAACGAGAUUUGAUGCUGACAUUGGAAGAGGUGUACAAUGGAUGCAUCAAGAAGAUGGAAAUAUCCAGAAAAGUUUUAAAUGAUGAUGGGUUUACAACAAGUACUCGCAAAAAGAUAGUAACCAUAACAGUGAAGAGGGGAUGGAGAGAGGGGACAAGGAUCACAUUUCCUAAGGAAGGGGACCAGGGGCCUAACAGAGUGCCAGCUGAUAUAGUGUUCGUUCUGAAACACAAACCACACCCAACUCUAAUUCGCGACGGUGAUAAUCUCAUCUUCAGUCCAGAAAUACCUUUGAUAAAGGCUCUAUGUGGUGGUAAUGUACAGGUGCACACCCUUGACAACCGCAUUAUCACAAUCCCAAUUACUGAAGUCAUCAGUCCAGGCAAUACCAAGUGUGUUGUUUGUGAGGGGAUGCCAGUGUCUGAUGAGCCAUCUCAGAGAGGUGACCUGCUGAUCCAGUUCAGGAUAGCCUUCCCUCCCUCCCUUUCUCCUCAUCAGCAGUCCCUUAUUAGACAGGCUCUCCAGUGAUCUGCACGAAACUGUUGUAUUGUAACUGAACUAUGCUAAAAACAUGACAAUUUUGCAGUUCAGUUCCUGUAAAAAGUGUAUGUCUUUUCACUACAUAAAUAAGUUUUUUAAGUUACAGGGGCAUGAAAAUUAUCCAUAGUGCUAGUACUCAAUGAGUCAUCUGACACAAGGAAACAAAUAGAUAAUACUUCCUUCAAAUGUG